CGGCGCGUUCCCCCUCCCCUUUGCGCGCUGACGUUGUCGCGUCUCGCUCUCUCGGCGGCUGGAAGCGUCGGGGCAGGUGACGGUGGCUCGGGCGGCUGUUUGCUGGCUCAGCGGUGAAGGCACGGAGCAGCGCGAGCCGGGCCCGCGGAGAAGUUGAAACGCUAGUAGUGUUCCCUUGUGCAGCACACAAGAAUGAGCCAACAGUGGGAAAGAGUACACUAUAUCCUGAUUGGAUACAUUUGAAGAGGACAAUUUUAAUCUUGUGGCAUGCUUCAGCAGGAACCAUACUAAAAAAGAAGUGCCUACAGGCAGAGCACUUCUUGAGGAUUUUCUGUCAUGAAAGCAAGAUUUACAGUGUCACAGCUGCUGUUCAUUUCUUGAGGAGGCAUACAAACAGCUGGCUGACUGGAUGCACUCAAGCAGCUAUUGCACCAGAGUAUGCAUGAAAGAAAAUUCCUUAUUGAUUAGCUAACACCCUGCCUGGGAGCACAGAAGGAACUGCAUACCAAUUAGUCUGAAUUGGCAUACUAAAACUGAAAUAGACAACAAGGUUGGGAUGGUGAACUUGGUAUUUGGAAGCCAUUGUUUUUGUUAAUGUCACUGAAGUACAGAACAGAAUGCUGUAAUCUUUCCUAAAGGAUGGCUGGCUGUGGUGAAAUUGAUCACUCGAUCAACAUGCUUCCCACUAAUAGGAAGACAAAUGAGUCCUGUUCCAAUGCAACACCUUCCCUGACAGUCCCUGAAUGUGCUAUCUGUCUGCAAACGUGUGUCCACCCAGUGAGUCUGCCUUGUAAACAUGUUUUCUGCUAUCUGUGUGUGAAGGGAGCUUCCUGGCUUGGAAAACGAUGUGCACUGUGUCGGCAGGAGAUUCCUGAGGACUUUCUUGACAAGCCAACCUUACUAUCACCAGAGGAACUCAAAGUGGCAAGCAGGGGCAAUGGGGAAUAUGCUUGGUACUAUGAAGGUAGAAAUGGUUGGUGGCAAUAUGAUGAACGUACCAGUAGGGAGCUGGAAGAUGCCUUUUCCAAAGGUAAAAAGAGUACUGAAAUGUUAAUUGCUGGGUUUUUGUAUGUAGCAGAUCUCGAAAACAUGGUUCAGUAUAGGAGAAAUGAGCAUGGACGUCGCAGGAAAAUAAAACGGGACAUAAUAGAUAUACCAAAGAAGGGAGUGGCCGGGCUUAGGUUGGACUGUGAUUCUAACACUGUCAAUCUAGGAAGAGAGAGCUCUGCUGAUGGUGCAGACAAUACAUCGGUUCUGGGGGCUGCUGCUGCGCAGCCUCUAGCAUCCGUUUCUGCUAGACCCCUAACUUCACUAGAUGGUCAGCUGACGAGUCCUGCAACGCCAUCACCUGAUGCAAGCACUUCUUUAGAGAACUCUUUUGCCCACUUACAAAUAAACGGAGACAGCAUGGCUGAAAGAAGUCAUAGGGGAGAGGGAGAGGAAGACCAGGAGUCAUCGUCUUCUGGUAGGGUGCCAGCCCCUGAUACCUCCGUUGAGGAAACCGAAUCGGAUGAUAGCAGCGAUAGUGAGGAUGUGUAUGCUCAACUUCAGCAACACACGUCCCCUGCCCAGCAAAGACACUUGAAUGCGAAUGCAAACCAAUCAGUAAUAGAGAGACCAGUGGCAGGGGGUGGGAUAGUAAGCACCAGUGUAAGAUCUAGAAGACCUGAUGGACAGUGCACGGUAACUGAAGUUUAAAUUUAGAGCCAUGUGUUUUAAAAACUCAGUCCAGUAUCUGUAAAUUUUCUGUCCAUGCUGGCAUUGCACUCAAACCUAGCAGUGUAUUUGAAGUGGGAUGGGGGGAAGGGGAGAAACAGAUUUGGCCUGUUAACUUAAAAGUCUCAACAUGUCUCAGCUGGAAGACUCUUUAAAUGUAAGAAACUGGGGUGUCUUGUUAAUGGUUUGAAAGCUACUUAGCAAUACCCAGUUUUCUUGAAAAUGUCUUCUGUGUUUAUUUUGUAGCAUUUUACCCCAUGGAGAUACUCAGUCCCUUUUUGGCCAAUGUGUAUCCACUGUACAAUUCAGAUUGUCUUCAUUAUCUGACUGUUGCAUUAAGUGUCUUACUACUUUCUGCAUGGAUUGAUAUAUGAAAAGAACACUAAAGCAAUGUGGGAACAGACAAGAUGUUGGGUAUGAGCAGGAUGCUUAAUUUAAUGUGAGAAAAUAUAUGUGAGUUUGGAGUUAAGAUGUGUUUUAUUAGACAAAGCAAUCAUUUUAUCUUCCUGCAGUGGAAAUGUAAAAAUGCUAUUAACUUUUGUUGAAAAUUCUUAUCUGUACACACUUCAUGGCGUUUUCAUUGGCUUUGCUGUCUAGUCCUUGUAGUUUGUUUUUGAGGUCUUUGUUGAUCUGUCUUGUUUUUGUUACAAAAUUUAUAAUUUAAUAAAAACUACACUUUAACAAUC